AUGUGGUCCAAGUCCUUCUCCCUGCCCUCUGCCGAGGGCAGUGGUCACAGGAGCCCCGCUCUGCUCCUGACAGAUGCCACAGAUGGGAUCCCUCCAUACAGACUCCGCAAGCAGCAUCGCAGAGAGAUGCAAGAAAGUGCCAAAGCAAAUGGACGUGUGCCACUACCUCACAUUCCUCGUACGUACCGAAUGCCAAAGGAUAUCCACGUUGAACCAGAGAAGUUUGCUGCAGAACUGAUCAAUCGUUUGGAGGAAGUACAAAAAGAACGUGAAGCGGAGGAGAAAUUAGAGGAGCGCCUUAAACGCGUUCGAGCGGAAGAAGAAGGUGAGGAUGCAGAUAUCUCUUCUGGUCCUUCGAUCCUGAGCCACAAGAUGCCUUCCGCCCAAGCCUUUCAUCACUUUGCUCCUCGUUACUCUGAGAUGGGCUGCGCUGGGAUGCAAAUGAGAGAUGCCCACGAAGAAAACCCGGAAAGCAUCCUCGAUGAACAUGUACAGCGUGUGAUGAAAACACCAGGCUGCCAGUCUCCAGGACCUGGCCGCCACUCUCCUAAGCCACGGUCCCCAGAAAGUGGCCAUUUAGGAAAGCUGUCAGGGACACUAGGAACAAUUCCUCCAGGGCACGGCAAGCACGCGACAAAAUCAGGAAUGAAGCUGGAUGCAGCUAACUUAUACCACCAUAAACACAUCUACCACCACAUCCAUCACCACAGCAUGAUGAAACCAAAAGAGCAGAUCGAGGCCGAGGCCACGCAGCGAGUGCAGAACAACUUUGCUUGGAAUGUCGAUUCACAUAACUAUGCAACAAAGUCACGAAACUACACUGAAAACUUGGGCAUGGCCCCUGUCCCCAUGGACUCUUUAGGCUACAGUGGGAAAGCAAGUCUGCUCUCCAAAAGAAAUGUUAAGAAGACCGAUUCAGGGAAAAGUGAUGGUGCCAACUAUGAGAUGCCAGGAUCUCCUGAAGACGUGGAGAGAAACCAGAAGAUCCUUCAGUGGAUCAUAGAAGGAGAGAAGGAGAUCAGCAGGCAUAAGAAAACAAACCAUGGCUCUUCAGGUGCCAAGAAGCAACUGUCCCAUGAUAUGGUCCGACCCCUCUCCAUUGAGCGACCUGUUGCGGUGCACCCAUGGGUCAGCGCCCAGCUCCGAAACGUUGUCCAGCCUUCUCACCCCUUCAUCCAAGAUCCUACCAUGCCGCCCAACCCAGCGCCCAACCCUCUCACACAGCUGGAAGAAGCUCGCAGGAGGUUGGAGGAGGAGGAAAAAAGGGCUGGAAAGCUCCCCCCUAAACAAAGGUUGAAGCCCCAGAAGAGACCAGGCAGCGGCGCGUCCCAGCCCUGCGAGAACAUCGUGGUCGCUUACUACUUCUGCGGAGAGCCCAUCCCUUACCGCACCCUCGUCAAAGGGCGCGUGGUAACACUGGGACAAUUCAAGGAGCUGCUGACCAAGAAAGGGAACUACAGGUAUUACUUUAAGAAAGUGAGCGACGAGUUCGACUGUGGUGUGGUCUUCGAGGAGGUGCGGGAGGAUGACACCAUCCUGCCCAUCUUCGAAGAGAAGAUCGUCGGAAAAGUGGAAAAGAUCGACUAA